ACCGGAAGUAGUGAGCUCGAUACUCUCCGCAAUGGAUUGAUGGACGCACAGAUCCAGUUUUGGACGACGUUGGUCAAGCCUUCAAGCUAAUGGGAGUAAAUAUUCAUGAACUAGAAGACUAUAUACACAAUAUAGAACCUGUGACUUUCCCUCAUCAGAUCCCUUCCUUCCCAGUCAGUAAGAAUAAUGCCCUUCAGUUCCCUCCUCCUGGAAGCAAGGAUGCAGAGGACAGAAAAGAAUAUAUCCCUGAUUACUUGCCGCUUAUCAUCUCUUCACAAGAAGAAGAAGAAGAAGAACAGGUGCCCACAGAUGGAGGGACAUCAGCGGAAGCUAUGCAAGUUCCACUUGAAGAAGAAGAAGAAGAAGAAGGAGAGAUGGAAGAUGACGAGACUGUCAAUGAUGAAAAUUAUUUAAGUAAAAGACCACUGGACAGUCCAGAAACUAUGGAAAUGCCUUUUGCCAAACGAAUAAGGUUAAUGAAUAAUAAAGGUGACAUUUUAGAUGGCUCUUUAGAACCUCGAGAACCGCUUAGUUCAAUAAACUCUCAGAAAGUCCCAUCUGUGCUUUCUCCUGCUCAUAAAAUAGACAGUCAAGACCUAGAUGUCUCUUAUUCUGACCAAAUAAUGUUAAGUCCUGUUUCAAAAUCCCAGGCUCCUCCACCCAGCGAAUCAAAGUCUUUGAUUCCCAAAACUAAAUCAAAAGGUGGUUCUCCAGGACAAAAAAUAAAGUCUCCUAAAGCAACCCCAAUUUCAACAGUUAUUGGCAGUCCUAUUCGUUCACCAAAAAGCGGACCAAAAGAGAGAAAAUCUCCUGGACGCGCCAAAAGCCCCAAGAGUCCUAAGAGUCCAAAAGUUCCUUUGGCUGCUCCACCACCUGCCAUAAAAACAGAAACUCCAAAUCGUACUCCAUUAGCUACUUUAAGUGAAAAAAUUGGCAGAGAGAAUAUACAGAUAAAGCAAAAUCAAACCCCACUAGAUUCUGACCAGUUGAAUGUGGAAAUCCCUUCAAAGAAACCAUCAAUAGCUGAUAAUACCAUUGAGGAUUCAAUUGAUGCAGUAAUUGCUCGUGCGUGUGCAGAGCAAGAACCUGAUCCCUUUGAAUUUUCAUCAGGCUCAGAAUCUGAGGGUGAGGUGUUUACUAGCCCUAAAAGACUCAAUAUUUCAGAGCUCACCACACCUAAGGUUUCAGCAUCUGGCAUCAAUCCGGGAAAAACAUCAAGUACUUCAGUACCUGCUUCUGGGGGCACCUCUAGUUCUGACAUUUCAUGGACAAUGGAUGACUCUAUCAAUGAAGUGAUUCGAAAGGUCAGCCAAGAAACUCCAACAAAUACACCUGCCAAUAAUCCUCCAUGUUUCUCCUCACCUUCUGCUUCACCCCCUACUCCAGAACCACUUUUGAAGGUUUUUGAAGACAAGGCUAAAUUGCCUCCUCCAGUUGAACUUAAAAAAAAGACAAAAAAAGAGCAGAGAGCAAAAAAGAAGAAAGACAAAGACAAGCUAAAGGAUAAAGAAAGGAGUAAAGACAAAAACAAAGAUAGAUCUAAGGACAAGGAAAAAGAUAAAGAAAAGGAUGGGAGCAAAGAUGGAAAAGUUUUAUGGAAGGAUUCCAACAAAGAUGAGGAUUCUGAGCUGCACAGAUUUAAACUUAAAGAAUUUAAUGAGAUUGACUCUAAAUCCAAACAGAAAGAAAAUUGUGGAAAGAAAGACAAAGAGAAACAUAAAGAUAAGAAGAAAGAUAAGGAAAAGGGGAAAAAAGAUAAGGACAAGAAAGGAAAGGACAAGACCAAGGAAGAAAAGAUGAAAUCUCCAUCUACUCCUAUUAUGUUAUCAUCUAAGGACAUUGCGUUGCCCAUGAUAAGUACUCCUAAUACAGUCAGACUGCCUUCUUUGCUAUCCACUAUGUCCCCCCUUCUUCCAGAGAAAUUAUUUGAAGAGAAGGAAAAGUCCAAAGAAAAGGACAAAAAGAAGGACAAGAAAGAAAAGAAGAAGAAGAAAGACAAGGAGAAAGUGAAGGAAAAAGAAAAGGAGAAGAAAGAAAAGGAAAAGGAGAAAGAGAAGGAAAAGAAGGAAAAAGAAAAGGUCAAAGCAGAAUUGUCUAUUCCUGCUCCUUCUCCUGUAAUCCCCAGACUAACUCUGAGAGUGGGUGCUGGCCAAGACACAAUUGUCAUCAGCAAAGUGGUAUCUGCUCCAGAGUCUAAAGCUGUCCCUCCACCAUCAUUGCCCAAAUCUCCACCUCCAACACCUUCUCCAGCUCCAGCACCUGUUCUUGUUGUCCCCCCUCAAGCUCCCCCAGCUCCAGCGGCUGCUUCACCAGCUCCAACUCCAGCCCCUUCUGCUCUUACUUCAAAUGCUGGUUCCUCUAAAACCCCAGUCAGAAGUGUUGUUACAGAAACGGUCAGUACCUAUGUGAUCCGAGAUGAGUGGGGCAACCAGAUUUGGAUCUGUCCCGGAUGUAACAAACCAGAUGAUGGCAGCCCAAUGAUUGGUUGUGAUCAGUGUGAUGACUGGUACCACUGGCCAUGUGUUGGAAUAAAUGCAGCCCCACCAGAAGAUGAACAGUGGUUCUGUACCAAGUGUGAAAGCAAGAAAAAGGAUAAAAAGCAAAAGAAAAGAAAGCACAAAGCUCACUGAUAUUUCCAGUUGUCCUCGCUUCUAUCCCGGAAGUGCCCCGUACUGGCAGCUCUGGCUGUCACUGCUGGGUCAGACUCAUGAAGAAUACGGAGCUUCAGUCUGAAAUAUUUCAAGAAGUUUGUGACUUGAUGCGCCUGAGAGAUGUUCAGCUAGAGGAUGCUGCCAUGAAUAGGGAUGCUGUUCCCAGAACAGCUUUGUCUAUAUAGUAGAUGUAUUUUCAUCUCAAAAAAACUGAAUCGGAAGCAUAUUUAAUCAGAGAAAAAUUGUGAUGUGUUGUGUAUGAUUUUAAAACUGCUUUAGAAGGACUGCCCAAAAAUUUUCAUUGAAUCCCAUUGCUGUACCGGAUAUACCCAUAAAAAAAAGCAGUUAUAAACCUGAACCCUAUACCAAUGUGUCCAGUACAUAUUUUUGUUAUAAGAAUAUAUAAAUCAUUUUCAUUUUUUGUGCUAAUAUAUAAAUAAAACAACUUCUGGCUUUGUUAAAUAUAUAUAUAUAUAUUUUUUAAAAAAUGUUUCUACUGUAUCCAUUUAUUUCACUGAUAACUGUAAUAUAUUUUAGAUUUCUUUUGGUUUUAUGUUUUUUAACCAGAUUUGAUGUCCGAUUAUUUGAUUCACUAUUACAAUCUCUCCGUCGUCCUCCUCUUUUUUUUUUUUUUUUUUUUUUCCUUCCUUUCUUUUUCACCCUCUUCUACUGCACUUCUACACUGUGCCAGCUCAGACUGGUUGGCAUGCAGGGACACAUCCUACACUGCUGCAGGAGGUGUAAAUUCAGGCCUCUAAAACAUGUUUUUACCUUGUUUUCUAGGCUCUCCAAUGCUGGUAAGUGUACAGAAACUUGAAUCUAUUUUUCCUUGUUUUACACUAAAUCCUAAAGCAGCAUUACAUGUGUCCUAUUUCAUCUGAACCUAUGAUUUUGUAAAUAUUAAAGGUGUGUCUGAAAUGU